CAGGGAGUUCACGAAAAGGGUGGAAGGGAGACCACCAUCUUCAGGCAGCAUUUUUCUGGAAAAGAAAAAAGCAUUCCCCACCCUUUCUCCUGACCUCAACCGACCAGCCACCUCCACCAUCUCCGUCCGACUACCUCCCGCCGGCGACUGCUCUCGCAUCCCAUUCCCGAAAUCCUACCUCACUCCUUCCUUCACUGUCACCUACUUCUUUACUCUCACGAAAAAGGGGAAGAAAAAAAAAACAAGAAGCAUCUUGGUCUUUCUCUACUCCGGGAACGGUCGCCAUUGAAGCCCCACACAAAACCUCGGAGCCACAGCCGAUCUACGUCGUCCGCCACCUCCAGAGCAUCGUCCGCCCGCUGCCAUUCGUCGUCGCCGUCCCUGACCUCGGUGGAGUCGACUGAAGCCUGACACGAGUUUGGAGUCGCUAUUCUCAACCUUCGCCGCCGACGAUGCCCAAGAAAUCCAAGCGAGUACAAAGUGAUAUCCACAUAAGAGAUAGAGCUGCAACCAGACCAGACACUAAGCAUUCUGAGGAAGCACAUCAAACUUCAUCUCCUCUAAUGGCUGCUUCUUCAGAUCUGAAAGGAAAUUAUGACGUCUUCCUGAGUUUCCGAGGUACGGACGUUCGAAACAACUUUCUCAGUCAUCUCUAUGCGGCUCUUGAUCAGAAAGGAAUCUACACUUACAUCGAUAGCGAGGAGCUUCGUAAAGGCAAACAAAUAACACCGGCGCUUAUUAAGGCCAUUGAGGACUCGCGCAUCGCGAUCAUCAUUUUCUCCAAGGACUAUGCUUCCUCACCGUGGUGUUUGAAAGAGGUGGAGAAAAUCAUGGAGUGCAAGGAGCAAAGAGGACUCAUAGUAUUUCCGGUGUUUUACAAAGUGGAACCCAAAGAAGUGAGAACGCCAAGAGGGAGCUACCGAGAAGCUAUGGUUAAGCAUGAGAACAAGUUUGGGAGAGAUUCAGAGGAAGUGAAGAGGUGGGAGAAGGCUCUCCUUGAUGCGGGUAGCUUGUCUGGGUGGGAAUUGAAGGAUAAAGAUGAAGCGGAAGCAGAUCUUAUCAAGAGAAUUGUGCAGGAGAUCUCUAUGCAGCUAGACCGAACACCGUUACACGUUGCCAAGCAUCCGGUUGGAAUACCUCGACAAGUGGUAAAGCUGAAAUCAAUGUUAAAUCUUGAGUCUUGUGAUGAUGUUCUCAUGAUAGGAUUAUGGGGACAAGGAGGCAUAGGAAAAACAACAUUAGCCAAAGCCCUUUACAAUGAUAUAUUCAGAGGAUUUGAGGCUUCAUGUUUUUUGGCAAACGUUCGUGAAACUUCAAAAGAUUCCAAGGAUUUAGUUCAUUUGCAAGAAAAAUUGUUGUCCGAGAUAUUAGUGGAAAAAGAAUUAACAGUGUUUAAUGUUGAUGGAGGUAUUAAUUUGAUGCAACAUAGACUUUGCCGCAAAAGAGUCCUCCUUGUUCUCGACGAUGUCAAUGACGUAAAACAAUUAAAUGCUUUAGCUGGAGGGCGUGAAUGGUUUGGUAAAGGAAGCAGAAUCAUCAUUACUACAAGAGAUAACCAUCUAUUAACUGUUCAUGAGAUAGAUGAAGAUCAUAUCUAUGAAGUUAACAUUCUAGAUGAUUGGGAAGCUCUUGAACUUUUCAAUAAACAUGCUUUUCCUGGAAGUAAGGAAAAAGUGAUGAGGAGGGAUCUUGUGGAUGGUGCUUUGCAUUAUGCUGAUGGCCUUCCUUUAGCACUUGUGGUAUUGGGCUCUUACCUAUGUGGUAGAAGAGAACAGGAGUGGGCAAGCGCAUUGAAUAAACUUGAUAAAAGUCCUGACAAAACCAUCAAUGAUGUUCUCAAGUUAAGUUACGAUGGAUUAGAGGACUGUGAAAAGGAGAUUUUCCUUGAUAUUGCAUGUUUCUUCAAGGGGAAAUCUAUACAGUACAUCAUGGAAGUCCUUAACAGUUGCGACUUUGACACGACUAUCGGAGUGCAAGUCCUUGUUGAGAAGUCCUUAAUAACUAAAGAAAUGGCGAUAGUACAUAUGCAUGACUUGAUUCAGUUGAUGGGCAUGGAUAUUGUUAAACAAGAAUGUCACGAUGAUCUUGGAAGACGCAGCAGAUUAUGGCUUUGUGAAGAUGUUCGUGAUGUUCUAUCAGGGGAUAUGGGAACAGAUUCAGUAAAAGCCAUAGUUUUGGAUUUACCCACGAUAGAAGCAAUAUCCAUAGGUCCUGAUGCUUUCACCAACAUGAGAAGAUUGAGGUUGCUCAUCAUGAUUAAUGUGCAUAGCUCUUUCCAAGGUCCCAUCUAUCUUCCUAACAACCUGAGAUGGUUUCAAUGGCCUGAAUGUCCUUUUUCGAUUCUCAAAUUUCCCCCUGGCCCAAAGAAGUUAGUCAAACUUGAUCUAUGCAAAAGCAACAUUCAAGUCGUGGUGGACCAAUUCAAGGACUUUAAAAAUUUGAAGUUCCUUUGCUUCCGUGAAUGUCUGUCCAUGGUUUGUAUGCCGAACCUCAAUUUGACUCCAAAUCUCGAGAAAUUGGAUCUCUAUGGGUGCAAAAAUUUGGAAUAUGCUCACCAAUCAGUUGCAUAUCACGCCAAGUUGAGGUGGUUGAAUCUAGAAGGGUGCUCUAACCUUCAUCAUCUCCCCGAUGUACUCCAAACCAAGAAUCUUCAACUUCUCAAUCUUACUGGUUGCUCAAAGUUGGAAAGAUUCCCUGAUAUUCCAAAUAAAAUGAAACGCCUGCAAGAACUUUCUUUAAAAGGGACUUCAAUCAAGGAACUUCCUGCAUCCAUAGAAAAUCUUGUCUCUUUGGUGAAUUUGAGUUUAGUUAAUUGCAAGAAAAUGACAAACCUCCCAUCUAGCAUUUACAAUUUGCCAGAACUUGUUUACUUGCUACUUGAUGGUUGUUCAAAACUAAUCAAGUUUCCAAAGGAGGAGGAUUCGAGUGAUCUGCCUAGCAAGACAAGAUUUCCCAACCUACAGAUCUUAACACUUGGCGGAUGCAAUCUACUAGAAGUAGAGUUCCUAGAGAAAUAUUCAUGUUUUCCAAACUUAAGAGCUUUGGAUUUGUCCGAAAAUAAUUUUGCUGAGCUUCCAAUGUGCCCCCACCUACAUGACUUACGUGAAUCGGAUGUUUCAGAAUGCCAACAGCUACAAAAGAUUGGCUCCGUUUCAAUGAAAUUGCGUGAUUUGGCGGCAACGAAUUGUGAAUCUCUAAGCAAAAUUCCCUCCGACGUAUUGAGCAUUGGCCGAUUAUCUGGUUUAUGUCUCGGUUGUAAGGUUAGACUCUCUCUCCCUAUCUCCCUCUCUGAUUAAUACGGAGUUGUGUAUAUAUAUUGCUAAUUGUAGCUAAACUUGACUCAUUAAAGCUCCUCUUUUUCGAGUGUCAAAUUCGAAAUAAUAUAUUAACAACGUAAGGGAUUGUCUUUGGAAUGUAAGGGAUUGUCUUUGGAAUACCACGUGGGCACACAAUUUCACUAAUAUAAAGUUCAGCAACAUAUAACGGAUCAAGGGUCUACUACAUUAAACAAAAUGUGUGAUUCUCAAAAAUCGAUCAACCAAGCACCAUGACCUAAUAAGUGAUGACACGAGAGAUUCCCAAGCUUCCACCGACAUUAUGGUAGGUUUGCAUAUCUCUGCAUAAGAUUGUAGGUCCAUCAAAUGCCACCUAUGUUAGCUUAUAUUCAUGUCAUGAAUUAGCUGGCAAAAGAUUUGACCAUGGCUCAUGUGCUCCCACUUGAGGUCACACUCUCUCUCUAAAUUACAUUUAUUGAUUCUAAACAUGUACAUAGUAGAAGUGGCCACGCGAGUUAGCAUUGGAAUGAUUUCUCUUGUCUGUCGCUUGAUAGAGCUUACUGUGUGGUGAAAUUACGAGUAUUAUUCUUUUUUUAAUCUUCUCUUUUGGCCAAGGAUGGCUUAAUAAACUCAUAUUUAAAAAGGGAGUGGGAGUGCUCUAUAUACACCAUAUGAUCAACUAAUUUCUGAUCACACGGGUCUUGAAUGAUGAUCAAGUGUUUUUCAUUAAAUAUUUUUAUCUUCAUUUUCUUUCCAUCUCGAUAUUUCUUGCAGGACUUUAAAAAUUUGAAGUUCCUUUGCUUCCAUGAAUGUCUGUCCAUGGUUUGUAUGCCGAACCUCGAUUUGACUCCAAAUCUCAAGGAGUUGGAUCU